ACCACUACCACACAGGAAUUUGGAUUGGUCAAUUUCCAGUCAGUCGGAAGUUUUUGUGAAUUUUGUUUGGUCGCAGCCGUCGCAGCGAUUAAAAGAUAUUAUUUUUGGAUCUUUUGAAUACUGAAUAAUUUCUUAAUCCCGUUUCUUCUGACAUACAUUUUGAAUGUCAAGAAGUAACCCGAAAGAUCCUUGUAAAAUUUCGGCUUGUAGGAUCCAAACUUGUCUAAAAGAGCACAAAUUUGAUGAGACGAAGUGUUACGAUGUCCUCGAGGACAUGCGCCAGUGUUGUCUGAAGUUUCAUAAGGUGUCGCUUUGCUGUUCUGGAAUAAAAUUGGACCGCAAUUACCGACUGGAGAAGGAGGCUGCAGAACGUGAGAGGCUAGAGAAGAAACAGCAAGGCACGCAAUGACCCACGA